ACAAGACAGAAAGAACGAGGCUGGAGGAGACAUGAGAGCUACACUUGGAAAAGUCUUUCAUGUGUCAGCCUGGAGCUGGUACACAUUCCUCAUUCUCUCACUCAUGGCCAAGGAUGCUGAUGAACUUCCUGCUGGGAUGUUUUUGUAUGGCGGACCCUGGAAAUAUCUCACUUUCUUAAACCUGGUUCUGCAAAUGGUCUUCUUUGGCCUGGCAGUGUUGAAUGACCUCCUGGAAAUGGGAGGCAAGAGCACAGCUAGACUGUUGCUGCUGAGCCGUGACCUGCUGUUCUCUGUGUUCGCCUUCCCUGUGGGUGUGUUUGUGGUGCUGAUUUUUUGGGUGAUCUUCAUUUACGAUCGCCAGCUCAUCUUCCCAGCAUCUCUAGAUGACUUCUUUCCCUCCUGGAUGAAUCAUGGCAUGCAUACCUUGGUCCUGCCUAUACUUCUAGGGGAGUUACUACUGCAACCUCACACUUUCCCCAAGACUUGGAUGGGUCUGGCUGCUCUAGGCAUAGUGGGAUCAGCAUAUCUGCUCUGGGUCAUCUGGGUAUAUCUGUCUGUAGGCAUCUGGGUGUACCCCAUGCUUGGCCUCUUCAGCACCCCAGGUUUACUUGGCUUCUUCUUACUCAACAUGUUUCUUGUCAUACUCCUCUAUCAUGUAGGAAAAGUCCUGGACCGCCAUCUCUGGGGAAAAAGUCAAAUGGUGAUGAAGACAAAAUGAGACUUAACAGCCCACACCCCUGUUGGGAGUCCAGUUUUUCUUAAACUCUGCAAAACCUGAGAGUUGCCUUUAGAAAUUCCAAAGGUGAU